AUGGAUCAGCCAUUUACUGUGAAUUCUCUGAGAAAGCUAGCUGCCAUGCCUGACCACACGGAUGUUUCCCUCAGUCCGGAAGAGCGAGUCCGUGCCCUGAGCAAGCUCGGCUGUAAUAUCACCAUCACGGAGGACAUCACCCCACGCCGCUACUUCAGAUCCGGAGUAGAGAUGGAAAGGAUGGCUUCGGUGUAUAUGGAAGAAGGAAAUUUGGAAAAUGCCUUUGUCCUUUAUAAUAAAUUUAUAACCUUGUUUGUGGAAAAGCUUCCCAGCCAUCGAGAUUACCAGCAGUGUGCGGUACCUGAAAAACAGGAUAUUAUGAAGAAACUGAAGGAGAUUGCAUUCCCAAGGACAGAUGAAUUGAAAAAGGACCUUUUAAAGAAAUAUAACGUAGAAUACCAAGAAUAUUUGCAAAGCAAAAACAAGUACGACGCCGAGAUUCUCAAACGACUGGAGCAUCAGAGCCUGAUCGAGGCCGAGAGGAAGCGGGUGGCUCGGAUGCGCCAGCAGCAGCUGGAGUCAGAGCAGUUCCUGUUUUUCGAAGACCAGCUCAAGAAGCAGGAACUGGCCCGCGGGCAGAUGCGCAGCCCGGAGCCCCCCGCGCUGUCCGAGCAGAUCGACGGCAGCGCCGCGUCCUGCCUGUGCCCGCGCUACAGCCCUUCCCUGCUGCACGUCUCCGCGGACCAGCCUGGCAAAAGCGACGCGGCCAAUUCCGCCAGCCACUCGCCCCCCGUCAACAGGGCUCUGAAGCCCGCGGCCACUCUGAGCGCCGUGCAGAAUUUAGUGGUUGAAGGACUGCGCUGUGUAGCUUUAUCCGGAGACCUCUGCCACAAAUUUCUGCUGCUGGCAGAAUCUAAUACAGUGAGAGGAGUAGAAACGUGUGGAAUACUCUGUGGAAAACUGACGCAUAAUGAAUUUACUAUCACCCAUGUGAUUGUGCCAAAGCAGUCUGCGGGGCCGGACUACUGUGACGUGGAGAAUGUAGAAGAAUUAUUCAGUGUUCAGGACCAACACGGCCUCCUCACGCUCGGAUGGAUCCACACACAUCCGACCCAAACUGCGUUCUUGUCCAGUGUUGACCUUCACACUCACUGUUCCUACCAGCUCAUGUUGCCAGAGGCCAUCGCCAUUGUUUGCUCACCGAAGCAUAAAGACACGGGGAUCUUCAGGCUGACCAACGCCGGCAUGCUCGAGAUUUCUGCCUGUAAAAAGAAGGGCUUUCAUCCACACACCAAGGACCCCAGGCUGUUCAGUAUAUGCAAACAUGUGUUGGUAAAAGACAUAAAAAUAACCAUGCUGGAUCUAAGGUGA